UGCACAGAACGCAACCUCUCUUAUCUUUGUCGGUGAAGUCUGUUCGGUGUCAACUGUUCAGUUGUAUGGUGGCAAAGUCCUCGGUUAUUCAGUACAAUAUUAUCCAUCGUAUCAGUUUGUUUAUUAUAAACUGGAUUAUUCCACUAUGGGCACACGAGGUGUACAGGUAUAUACGGUGCGUUUUCUACCUGGCCAAGAGCUGAAGUCUGGUCUAGAACAUUUUGUCAAGCAGCGUCAGCUCCAGGCGGCCUUCAUCAUGACUUGUGUCGGCAGUGUGCAGAGUGCAACUCUCAGGUUCGCUACUCCUGCUGGGGAAAACACCUCCAAAACGGAAAUGGUGAAAUCCUUCGACAAUGAAAACUUCGAGAUCUGCUCGCUGGUAGGAACUUUAAGCCCGAUGGGGUCUCACCUCCACAUCGUCCUGGGGCGGGCCGACGGUUCUGUGGUGGCGGGGCACGUGGUGGGAAACGUCACCGUCCAAACCACAGCGGAAGUGGUAAUCGGAGAGAGCAUGGCAGAGAUCUACAACCGGAAGUACGAUCCCUUCACUUCUUACAACGAGCUGGCAGUGUUGAAAAGAGAAUGAAUUGAUUCGACUUUACGUCAAUUUUGUCACCACCUCACUCAUGUAAAAGUGAAUGUACAAAUACAAGAUGUUUUUAUAAAU